CGUCACCGGCUGGGGGCGCGCGAGCCGCAGUGGGUUUUCGCCCCGCCCGCCAGGCAGCUCGGGCCGCGCGCGCACGCGAAGUCGCCGGAGCCCGGGCCGACCCGGUGCCGGGAGCAGCAUGCGGAGCCCGCAGACGCUGCCCCUCUGGACACCUCCGCUUGAAGCCUCUCCGUGAGGGACGGGGGGUGGGGCGCCGUCCCCCGCCAGGGCGGAGGCCGCAGGCCACUGCCAAGCAUGGCGCCCACCUGGAGUCCCAGUGUGGCGUCUGUGGUGGGUCCCGUGGGGCUCUUCCUCAUACUGCUGGCCAGAGGAUGCACCGCGGAAGAGCCACCCAGGUUUAUCAAAGAGCCCAAGGACCAGAUCGGUGUGUCGGGAGGCGUGGCCUCCUUCGUAUGCCAGGCCACAGGCGAUCCCAAGCCACGGGUGACCUGGAACAAGAAGGGCAAGAAAGUGAACUCCCAGCGCUUUGAGACCAUUGACUUUGACGAGAGCUCUGGGGCGGUGCUGAGGAUCCAGCCGCUGCGGACGCCCCGGGAUGAGAACGUGUAUGAGUGCGUGGCCCAGAACUCGGUGGGAGAAAUCACUGUUCAUGCGAAGCUGACCGUCCUCCGAGAGGACCAGCUGCCCCCCGGCUUCCCCAACAUCGACAUGGGCCCCCAGCUGAAGGUCGUGGAGCGUACACGCACAGCCACCAUGCUCUGUGCCGCCAGCGGGAACCCUGACCCCGAGAUCACCUGGUUCAAGGACUUCCUGCCUGUCGACCCCAGUGCCAGUAAUGGGCGCAUCAAGCAGCUUCGAUCAGGUGCCCUGCAGAUCGAGAGCAGCGAGGAGACAGACCAGGGCAAGUACGAGUGUGUGGCCACCAACAGCGCCGGUGUGCGCUACUCCUCACCCGCCAACCUCUACGUGCGAGUCCGCCGUGUGGCACCCCGCUUCUCCAUCUUGCCCAUGAGCCACGAGAUCAUGCCCGGUGGGAACGUGAAUAUCACCUGUGUGGCUGUGGGUUCACCCAUGCCCUACGUGAAGUGGAUGCAGGGUGCCGAGGACCUGACGCCCGAGGAUGACAUGCCCGUGGGCCGGAAUGUUCUAGAACUCACGGAUGUGAAGGACUCAGCCAACUACACGUGUGUGGCCAUGUCCAGCCUGGGUGUGAUCGAGGCGGUGGCUCAGAUCACUGUAAAAUCUCUCCCCAAAGCCCCUGGGACUCCCGUGGUGACAGAAAACACGGCCACCAGUAUCACGGUCACCUGGGACUCAGGCAACCCCGACCCUGUGUCCUACUACGUAAUUGAGUAUAAGUCCAAAAGCCAGGACGGACCGUAUCAGAUCAAGGAGGACAUCACCACCACACGUUACAGCAUCGGGGGCCUGAGCCCCAAUUCCGAGUAUGAGAUCUGGGUGUCGGCUGUCAACUCCAUCGGCCAAGGCCCCCCCAGCGAGUCAGUGGUGACCCGCACAGGCGAGCAGGCGCCGGCCAGCGCUCCCAGGAACGUUCAGGCACGCAUGCUCAGCGCGACCACCAUGAUUGUGCAGUGGGAGGAGCCGGUGGAGCCUAACGGUCUGAUCCGCGGCUACCGCGUCUACUACACCAUGGAGCCCGAGCACCCGGUGGGCAAUUGGCAGAAACACAACGUGGACGACAGCCUGCUGACCACCGUGGGCAGUCUGCUGGAGGACGAGACCUACACCGUACGCGUGCUCGCCUUUACCUCCGUGGGCGAUGGGCCGCUGUCAGACCCCAUCCAGGUCAAGACGCAGCAGGGAGUGCCUGGCCAGCCCAUGAACCUGCGGGCAGAGGCCAAGUCAGAGACGAGCAUCGGGCUCUCGUGGAGCGCUCCGAGGCAGGAGAGUGUCAUUAAGUAUGAACUGCUCUUCCGGGAGGGCGACCGCGGCCGAGAGGUGGGCCGCACCUUCGACCCAACCACGGCCUUUGUGGUGGAGGACCUCAAGCCCAACACGGAGUAUGCGUUCCGGCUGGCGGCGCGCUCGCCGCAGGGCCUGGGCGCCUUCACCGCGGUCGUGCGCCAGCGCACGCUGCAGGCCAAACCGUCAGCCCCCCCUCAAGACGUUAAGUGCACCAGCUUGCGCUCCACGGCCAUAUUGGUAAGUUGGCGCCCGCCACCGCCAGAAACUCACAACGGGGCCCUGGUGGGCUACAGCGUCCGCUACCGACCGCUGGGCUCAGAGGACCCGGACCCCAAGGAGGUGAACAACAUACCCCCGACCACCACUCAGAUCCUUCUGGAAGCUUUGGAGAAAUGGACGGAGUACCGUGUCACCGCCGUGGCUUACACAGAGGUGGGACCAGGGCCCGAGAGCUCGCCCGUGGUCGUCCGCACCGACGAAGACGUGCCCAGCGCGCCCCCGCGGAAGGUGGAGGCGGAGGCGCUCAACGCCACGGCCAUCCGAGUGCUGUGGCGCUCGCCCACGCCCGGCCGGCAGCACGGGCAGAUCCGCGGCUACCAGGUCCACUAUGUACGCAUGGAAGGCGCCGAGGCCCGCGGGCCACCGCGCAUCAAGGACAUCAUGCUGGCAGAUGCCCAGGAAAUGGUGAUCACGGACCUACAGCCUGAGACCGCUUACUCCAUCACAGUAGCCGCGUACACCAUGAAAGGCGAUGGCGCUCGCAGCAAGCCGAAGGUGGUGGUGACCAAGGGAGCAGUCUCCCCCAAGAACUUCAAGGUGAAGAUGAUCAUGAAGACAUCCGUGCUGCUGAGCUGGGAAUUUCCUGACAACUACAACUCGCCCACGCCCUAUAAGAUCCAGUACAACGGGCUCACACUGGACGUGGACGGCCGCACCACCAAGAAGCUGAUCACACACCUCAAGCCGCACACCUUCUAUAACUUCGUGCUCACCAACCGCGGCAGCAGCCUGGGCGACCUGCAGCAGACCGUCACCGCCAGGACCGCCUUCAACAUGCUCAGCGGCAAGCCGAGUGUCGCCCCGAAGCCCGACAACGACGGCUUCAUUGUGGUCUACCUGCCUGAUGGCCAGAGCCCUGUGACCGUCCAGAACUACUUCAUCGUCAUGGUCCCACUGCGCAAGUCUCGGGGCGGCCAGUUCCCAGUCCUGCUGGGUAGUCCCGAGGACAUGGACCUGGAGGAGCUCAUCCAGGACAUCUCGCGGCUGCAGAGGCGCAGCCUGCGCCACUCCCGCCAGCUGGAGGUGCCCCGGCCCUACAUCGCCGCCCGCUUCUCCAUCCUGCCCGCUGUCUUCCAUCCUGGGAACCAGAAACAGUAUGGCGGCUUUGACAACCGCGGCUUGGAGCCAGGCCACCGCUACGUCCUCUUCGUGCUCGCUGUGCUGCAGAAGAACGAGCCCACGUUUGCGGCCAGUCCUUUCUCAGACCCCUUCCAGCUGGACAACCCAGACCCCCAGCCCAUCGUGGAUGGCGAGGAAGGGCUCAUCUGGGUGAUCGGGCCCGUGCUGGCUGUGGUCUUCAUCAUCUGCAUCGUGAUCGCCAUCCUGCUGUACAAGAACAAACCCGACAGUAAACGCAAGGACUCCGAGCCCCGCACCAAAUGCUUGCUAAACAACGCUGACCUCGCCCCCCAUCACCCCAAGGACCCUGUGGAAAUGAGGCGCAUCAACUUCCAGACACCAGGCAUGCUCAGCCACCCGCCCAUCCCCAUCGCAGACAUGGCAGAGCACACGGAGAGACUCAAAGCCAAUGACAGUCUGAAGCUCUCACAGGAGUACGAGUCCAUCGACCCCGGGCAGCAGUUCACCUGGGAACAUUCAAACCUGGAGGCCAACAAACCGAAGAACCGCUACGCUAACGUCAUAGCCUACGACCACUCCCGAGUCAUCCUGCAGCCCCUCGAGGGCAUCGUGGGUAGUGAUUACAUCAACGCCAACUAUGUGGACGGCUACCGUCGGCAGAACGCGUACAUCGCCACACAGGGGCCCCUGCCCGAGACCUUUGGGGACUUCUGGAGGAUGGUGUGGGAGCAGCGGUCAGCCACCGUUGUCAUGAUGACGCGGCUGGAGGAGAAAUCGCGGAUCAAAUGUGACCAGUAUUGGCCUAACCGCGGCACGGAGACUUACGGCUUCAUCCAGGUCACCCUGCUGGACACCAUGGAGCUGGCCACUUUCUGCAUCAGGACAUUUUCCCUGCACAAGAAUGGCUCAAGCGAGAAGCGUGAGGUGCGCCAUUUCCAGUUCACGGCGUGGCCGGACCAUGGGGUGCCCGAAUACCCCACACCCUUCCUGGCAUUCCUGCGCAGAGUCAAGACCUGCAACCCGCCCGACGCUGGUCCCAUCGUGGUCCACUGCAGCGCGGGCGUGGGCCGCACCGGCUGCUUCAUUGUCAUCGAUGCCAUGCUGGAGCGAAUUAAGACUGAGAAGACGGUGGACGUGUACGGACACGUGACGCUCAUGCGCUCGCAGCGGAACUACAUGGUGCAGACGGAGGAUCAGUACAGCUUCAUCCACGAGGCCCUGCUGGAGGCGGUGGGCUGUGGCAACACCGAGGUCCCCGCGCGCAGCCUCUACACCUACAUCCAGAAGCUGGCCCAGGUGGAGCCCGGCGAGCACGUCACGGGCAUGGAGCUGGAGUUCAAGAGGCUCGCCAGCUCCAAGGCGCACACCUCCCGCUUCAUCACCGCCAGCCUGCCUUGCAACAAGUUCAAGAACCGCCUGGUGAACAUCCUGCCCUACGAGAGCUCGCGCGUCUGCCUGCAGCCCAUCCGGGGUGUUGAGGGCUCGGACUACAUCAACGCCAGCUUCAUCGAUGGCUACAGGCAGCAGAAAGCCUACAUCGCCACUCAGGGGCCGCUGGCGGAGACCACGGAGGACUUCUGGCGGGCACUGUGGGAGAACAACUCCACCAUAGUCGUCAUGCUCACCAAGCUCCGAGAGAUGGGCCGGGAGAAAUGCCACCAGUACUGGCCAGCUGAGCGCUCCGCCCGCUACCAGUACUUCGUGGUGGACCCCAUGGCAGAGUACAACAUGCCGCAGUACAUUCUCCGAGAGUUCAAGGUCACGGAUGCCCGGGAUGGCCAGUCCCGGACCGUUCGGCAGUUCCAGUUCACGGACUGGCCAGAGCAGGGCGCCCCCAAGUCAGGCGAAGGCUUCAUCGACUUCAUCGGCCAAGUGCAUAAAACCAAGGAGCAGUUCGGCCAGGACGGGCCCAUCUCGGUGCACUGCAGCGCCGGAGUGGGCAGGACAGGCGUGUUCAUCACCCUGAGCAUCGUGCUGGAACGGAUGCGCUACGAGGGUGUGGUGGACAUUUUCCAGACGGUGAAGGUGCUUCGGACCCAGAGGCCCGCCAUGGUGCAGACGGAGGACGAGUACCAGUUCUGCUUCCAGGCGGCGCUGGAAUACCUGGGCAGCUUUGAUCAUUAUGCAACAUAAGCCAUGGGCCCUGCCCGACGCCAGACCCUGCGCCAGACCCUGCGCCACGUGUCCAGAUGUGACCCAGGCCCCGCAGGGCACGAGGAGCCCGGCGUCACAGGGGCCCAGCUGCUGCCUUCCGAACUCGGCACACUCCUCGCUCCCUUCUGAUUCCAGAUGAGGUUCCAGGGUGGGGGCGGGGUGGAGAGCCAAGAGGGGUGCAGCCUCUGCUCCCCAGGGCCGAGCUCUGCGCCAGCGCUCCCCGCCGGCCUAUCGGCAACAUUUUCUUUCUUUCAUUUUUUUUAAUAGUGUAUAUUUUUUUUUCCUCAUUUUUUUAAGAAGAAACAAAAUCGUGCCGGUCAAAACUUUGAAAAACAAACAAGAUCAUCAUGUGCGCCUCCGAGGGAGGCCUAUUUUUUCACAGUCAGCUUGUCAUGUGGCAGUUACGUGCGAGUGUGGGACUGAGCCCGUGACAUGUCCCUCGUCCCUGUGUGAGAGCCACACUCUUAGCUCUUCUUUUAGUUUUUGGGUUUUUUUUUUUUUUAAACCAAUCUUCAGACAUAUCAGAUAUGGAGGGUGAAGUUGGGGGGCACUCGGGCCAGACUGCAGGGACAGGCCACCGAGGACACUGGUCCAGCCCCGGCCACCAGGAGCGUCCUCAUCCACUUGUGGCCUCCGUGCCCUGCGUGGAGGACCCGGUCCCUGGGACUGCAGGACACUUGGGGACAUCUGACUCCCUGGAGCAAGUGCAGAGCAGGUCAGCUCUGUCUGCGCCGUUUUUUGGGCAGAAGCAGUGGGCGCUGCCCUGUAUGUAGAUAAACCGACUUUGUAUUAAAGGAAGAUUCGUCCGA